CCUCACUCUCUCUCGCAAAGUGCUACAAGCGCAGGCCUCAUUGCAGACGUGCGAUCUGAUAGCAUUUUGCCAUGAAACCUUUGAUUCUCAAUCACUGCAAACCCUAAUUCUCAAUUCAUAGUUUCCAUUGACUUUCUGUAGUAAAAUCUCUGAAACGGGAGGUCCUUGCGGGGAAUUCGGUCUUCAUUUGCUGAAGUAGAAGAUCCAGGCUGGUUGAAGUUGUUGCUCUUGUUACCAUUUGUCAAAUGGUGUUGAUAAGGCAAACAUACUGGCACAUUGUUGUUACAGAAAGUGGUGGUCCUCACAAUUCUUAGGAGUAUGCUGAUUAAUUCUUGAUGCAUAUUUUGACCUGAGCCAUGGGAGAUAUGGCUUCAGGGAAUCUUGAAAUGGCCAAUGAGCUUUGCUAUGGAAUCUCUUACUCAGAUAACACUCAUGAUGAGCUUAUACAGAGUAUUCUGGAAUUAAAAUUUCAAAAUGAGUAUUUGAAGGCUCACUUUACUGGCUCACAAGGUCAGCAUUUUGGAUAUGCUUGCAAUAUCAAAGAGGCCACUGAAAAUGGGGAACAUAUAACUUCCGAAGAUUUUGAGGCAUUGCACGAACAGAUACGCACCUUGACUAGACAAGUUGAGGAGCAUCGAGAAACACAAAAUGCUGCUGAAGAUGCUUUGAAACAUCUUCAACUGGCUUACUCUGAGGCUGAUGCGAAAGUUCAGGAGCUUUCAAGCAAACUCUUUGAAGCUCAGCAAAAAAUGGACCAAGAAAUAAAAGAGCGUGAUGAUAAGUACAGUGAACUGGAUUCGAAGUUUGGAAGACUCCAUAAGAGAGCAAAGCAGCGCAUACAAGAGCUUCAAAAGGAGAAAGAUGAUCUGGAAGCUCGUUUGCAUGAGGUGGAUAAGAAGGCUGAGCAAACAUCAUCUCAACAUUCUGUAGCUCAACAAGAACUGGAGCGUACCAAGCAACAAGCUAGUGAAGCUCUGAAAUCUUUGGAUGGGGAAAGGCAACAAUUACGAACGGCAAAUAAUAGACUUCGAGAAAGCGUUGAUGAUCUUCAUCGGUCAUUGGAAGCUAAGGAACAUGCCCUUGAAAACUUGCAGCAGUCACUUAUAGAGAAAGAGCAGAUGGUGCAAGAAAUUCAAGUUUUAUUGCAAUCUAGUGAGGAAAAGCAACAGAGUUCUAUUGCAGAGCUAAAUGCUAAACACCAGAAGCUUAUAGGAAGUCUAGAAGCCCAACUUGCCGAUGCAUCAUCUGAAAGGUACAAAGCAUCUGAAACAGUCUCAUCAUUGCAGGUGCUAAUUGCUGAAAAGGAAUCGAGGAUUGCAGAGCUAGAAGCAGCAUCCAGUGGUAAAGCAGCAAGACUAGGAGCUGCAGUGGAGGCAGCCAAAGGAGAGGUUAUGCAUCUCAAACGUGAACAUGAGAAAGAGAAAGAAAGCUGGGAAAAUGCUCUGCAGGCCCUCAAAACCAAGUUGGAGGCAUCUGAGGCUGCCUAUUUGAACUCUGAAAUUGAAGCAGCCAAGAUAAGAAGUCAGUUGGAACUAAAGUUGGCUGUUCAAAAUCAACUUGUAAGCUCAAGAGAGGCCGAACUUGCAGCUGCCAGAGAUGAGAUCAACCAUCUCGAAAAGGAAUUCAUAUCUUACAAGGCUCGUGCACAUGCCCUUCUUCAAAAGAAAGAUGCGGAGUUAUCUGCAGCUAAGGACACAAAUCUAAUGAAAGCCCAAGAGGCUGCCAUAAAGGAAGCUAAACGAGAGGUGGAACUUGCAACAUCAGAAAGGGAUAAGGCCCUUCAAGCUCUUCAGGAUGCUAUGAUUAACCAUGAGAAUGAACUUGCUGCUAGAAAUAUAGCUCUCAUCGAUGCUGAACAGAGAAUUAGAGACAUGGCCAGGAAGCUUGAUACUGCUAAAUCUCAGUAUCUAGUAGAAAAAGAGUCAUGGCAGACCAACCUUGACAGUGUGGAAGAAACUUGGCGAUUGAAAUACAAGGCAUUGGAAGAUCAAGUCAACAUGGAAGCUAGACAGGAUCUACAAGAGGAGCUUGAAGAACUAAAGAAACUAUAUAAGAAAUUGAAGGGAGAGCAUGACUCCUUUUGCGAUAUGGCCAAUAACAUGGUUGAGGCAAAGGACAAUGAGAUAUCCAGGCUGUUAAGCGAAAACAUCACUCUUCAGCAAACUUUGGAAGCAAGACCAUUGGUACAGUACAAGGACAACCAUAGAAACAUAGAUUCAUUGAAGCAGGACGUUCAAGUUUCUACUACAUCAACUGCAGAACAACAAAUUCUGAUUUUGGCUCGGCAACAAGCUCACAGAGAGGAGGAGCUUGCACAAUGUCAACGCCACAUCUUAGCACUUCAAGAAGAGAUUGAUGAGCUCGAACAUGAAAAUCGCCUCCACAAUCAGCAGGAAGCUAUGUUGAAGGCCGAGUUGCGGAACAUGGAACGAGCGCAGAAGCGUGAAGGGGUGGACAUGACGUAUCUCAAAAAUGUGGUCCUCAAACUUCUCGAAACUGGGGAGGUGGAGGCUCUUCUCCCUGUUGUAGCAACACUAUUACAGUUCAGCCCUGAGGAGGUCUUUCUCCGUGUGUGUGUGUGUGUGCGCACUCACGAGCAUGUGCAAAAGGACUCAUUACUUGCAUGUGGAGGCAUUGCCACAUGGACAAGCACCCAAACGGCACACAUGGAAAAUAUAUGAAUUGAACUAAUUCAAAUCCCGCAUCUGUGCACAUGUUAUUUCAUGAAUUUAAUGCAUGCAUUUAUCUUUUUGGCUAUUAGUUAUUUAUUUAUUUUUAAUAUUUUACUUUUACAUUUUAUGCAUAGGAAUGAAGGGCCUAGAAGAUUUUAAUCAAGUAGACAAUGUUUGAAAAAGUCGUAUUCCAUUCUCAGUGUCAUGUGCGAAAAUAUAUUUCCUCUGGUGGAAGUCAGAGAGAGAAGAAUGAUUAUAUAUAUUUAAGGAAAUGUAUAUCAUGAGAUCAUUUAGUUUUGAAAUAAGGAGAUCACAAUUAUUAUUGACCCUUAGAUGCAAAAUCAGGUGGCUGCGGAUGGGUCAUUAAUUGUGCAAAAAAAUGCAAAAGAAAAAUUCUUGACUAUCCACAUUUUAAUACGUAGGAUUUUUCAUUCAGUGGAUAAGAGUGAUUGUGACUUCUUGUACUAAAAGUGAAUGGUCUUGUAGUGUAAAAUCCUAUAUUUUUAAUGUUAUAAACACUAACAUAGGUGUUUUCCCACUCCUAUGUCUUAUAAUGUUUUGCAAAGCAUAGCUAUAAGCAGCUGCUAGGACGGUGUGGUGAGGUAUUGGGGUUUGCCUGUAACUGUUUUUUGUGGGGUCUAUGCGUGCGUGAGAGAGAGAGAGAGAGAGAGAGAGAGAGAGCAUUCUUGAUUGGUCAGCACAUGGCUUUCGACAUUCUGUAUUAAUAUUGCUUGUUUAUCACAUCUUUCAGAUUAGAAAGUGU